CACUACUUCAAAGUCCAAACCCAUCUCUGCACUGCCCUCUCCGGCGAAUAUAUCCCUUUACCCGACGCCAUUUAUCCGUAAAGAAUCUUUUUUUCACAUGUAUAGACCUGUGUGAAAGAAGAAAAAUUUUCAGACUGAAAGAGAGAGGCUGAAAUUCACAAUCUUUUGUACCCAUUCAUCCACCUAAAGGUGCCCUUCUCUACCAGGCACGGAAAAGAUUGUAAAGUGUAAAGUUGUGGUCUUGAAGGCUACUGGUUUAGGUCUUAUCCUUCUUUACCCCCUAUAUAGUUCAUAUUUAUGCAUGGCAAUUGUGUUCCUGAUGUAUAUGCACAGUAGAUUUUGUGCCCGCAAGUCUGGGUCUCUUUAAUUUCGCCUCCCUUAUCUAUUCGCAUCUCGCUUCUGUAAAGAUUCCUGCUUUUUCGGUUUUUCCCGUUGAAGCUUUAAAUUCAUUCAGAGCAAGAAAAAGGUUAUCUUUGAUAGGGGUAUAUAAUUGCUUGACAUUGUUUGGACACUCUGGGGUUUCAUCUGAGAUUCGGAUGGUGAUUUGUGGUAUGGGUCUUCACUUUUUUAUUGUGUUAUGAAUCUAACUGGUGAGCUGAGAAGGUAGUAGGAAAGGGUGGGUUCUGAUCAGUAAUUCAAAUCUGAGAGAGUUGUGGUUUGAAUAUGAGGCCCUCAGGUAUAAUCUGAUUAGGUUUAUGUACUAUGAGCUGUGGGAGUGAGAAGAACAGAGGAGGAAGAGCAGGGGGAGGAGGAGAAGAUGAAGGAGAAUAUGAGAAAACCAAAGAGGAAGACGAAUAUGACCAAACUUUUGGUGGUCGAGAUUCUGUUGAUGUGUUAUCAUUGAAUGGAUCAAUUGUAGCCUCACAGCAACAUUCUAUUGAUGAGAGAGUGCUGGUUGAUCCCAAACUUAUUUAUAUUGGAUCCAAAAUUGGUGAAGGAGCUCAUGGAAAAGUUUACCAAGGAAGGUACGGGGAUCAGAUUGUUGCUAUUAAAGUUCUCAAACGUGGGAACACCACCCAAGAAAGGGCUUCACUGGAAAGUAGAUUUGUGAGGGAAGUAACAAUGAUGUCAAAGGUAAAGCACGAGAACCUUGUGAAGUUUAUUGGAGCUUGUAAGGAUCCUUUGAUGGUAAUUGUGUCCGAGCUGCUACCAGGAAUGUCCCUUCGGAAGUAUUUAGUGAGUCUUCGCCCCGCAAAGCUGGACCUUCUACUUGCACUAAAUUUUGCUCUUGACAUUGCGAGGGCCAUGGAGUGUCUACAUGCUAAUGGAAUUAUACAUAGAGAUCUUAAACCUGACAAUUUAUUGCUCACAGCGGGUCAGGAUUCUCUGAAGCUUGCAGAUUUUGGGCUUGCAAGGGAAGAAACUUUGACUGAAAUGAUGACUGCAGAAACUGGGACGUAUCGUUGGAUGGCACCUGAGUUGUACAGCACAGUGACUUUGCGUCAGGGAGAGAAAAAGCAUUACAACAACAAAGUUGAUGUCUAUAGUUUUGGAAUUGUCCUGUGGGAGUUGCUGACAAACCGCAUGCCAUUUGAGGGAAUGUCAAAUUUGCAGGCUGCAUAUGCUGCCGCCUUUAAGCAAGAGAGACCUAUACUUGCAGAAGAGAUUCCGCCAGAUUUAGCAUUCAUCAUACAGUCAUCUUGGGUUGAAGACCCUAAUAUGCGGCCAAGCUUCACCCAAAUCAUCCGGAUGCUCAAUGAGUAUCUGCUCACCCUUUCUCCGCCCCCAACAUCUAGCAACGGCGCCGUUGUUGAGUUCUCUACAAGAGCUAAAGGCAAAUUCUCCUUCAUUCGCCACAUUUUUGCUGCAAAGAAGGGUAAAAACUCGCAAUGAUGAUGGUGGACGAAGAACAUAUAGUUGAUAGCUAUGUGCUGGAAAUAUCUUUAACAAACAAUAAAAUGACAUAAAGAAAAAGGGUACCUUCAGUAGUCUUUUUUAGCUGAUGACAGUAUUGUAAAGAAACACAUUUCUAUACUCUCUAUGUCCAUAUUCCAAACAUGUCUUUCUUUUGACCUUAAUGGACUUUCUUGUCCAGCAGUUUCAAAGUAGUUAACCAUGUUCCCUCAGGAUGCUGCUGGAUCUUUUCUCCCCGGUGCACGCCUACAGCCUCCCAUGUUACCUUUUUGGGUAGUUGAUAUGCACUAAUUAGUAGUGCAUAAGUGUGUGUUUUUAUGUUUGAUUUGUGUGUAUUGUUUAUCGUUUUAUUUAGUUUAUAAACAUUUGUGUGAUUUUAGUUGUAAUUGUAUUUUAGUUCUCAUUUGUAAGUUGUAAAUAGAGUUAGGAUUUAUGGUGUUGGAAAGGAAGACUUUGAAUGAGAAGAAAAAUAAUUCUUGGCUGCCCAGGACAAUCACCCGGUCGGGUGAGGUAUUGCACCCGGUCGGGUGAGAAAUUUAAAUGCGAAACUGCUCAGGAAAUUACAUCACCCGGUCGGGUGAGGUAUUUCACCCGGUCGGGUCCGACUUGACCCGGAACACCAGAACGUGCCGAAGAUCGCCAGAACGUGGAAGAUAUUUGAUUUUGACAUGCACCCGGUCGGGUGGGCACUUUACCCGGUCGGGUACCCGGCCAAAGGUGUUGAAAAACACCUAUAAAUAGCCCCAUUUUCCUUCACUUUUAAUAAUCCCUUCUUCCAUACUCUUAAGCUCAGUUUAGAAUAGUAUUUCUUUUAUAUUUUAUAGCAUGUUUAGUCUCCAAAUGAGGAGCUAAACUUCCAUUUCUUGGUGUUGCUCUUGAAGCUUGUUGAUUAUUAAAGUUGCGAGUUAUUUUCUUAACUUCUUCCCUUGAAUAUUAAUUAUUCUCUUAAUCUAUCUCUAUAUUAAUGU